GGGAUUAGCUUUGCAAAGCCGUUUUUUUGACUUCCGAAUCUCCCCUCUUGUUCGUUUCCCUCUCUGUUUCAUUUCAUUUGGCUGCAGCUACGAACACACACACACACACACACACACACACAGAGCGCACAUCGGAUGCGAGAGAGAGAGAGAGAGAGAGAGAACUAGAUUAGUUUUCUGUGGAUUCGAUGUCGGCCACCACCGAAGACUUGUUCAUUCUUGAUUCAGACGACAGCCUCGUCGGAGACAAUCCUGAAGUAGAGAAAAAAGCAAAGGGCUCUUUUGAAAGUGCGGCAAGGAAGAGGCUUGGUGACAUAAGCAACUUACCACAGCGACCUAAACCAUCUACCAAAGACGAGAAGGAACAGUUUGUUUCAAAUACCACUAAAGAGUAUAUUGAACACCUCAAAAAGAAAAAUAUGAUGCUGAUGAAGCUUUUAGCGGAUAGAAAUAAAAUCAUUGAAUUUAGUGGAAUUGAGUUGCAGAAACUGAGAAUCAACUUCCAGAAAAUGCGGCAACAGAAUUUGCAGCUUGCUCAAUCAAAUAGCCAGAUGCUAACGGAUCUUAACUCAGAAAAAGAUAGAAGUUUUAAUUUGUUUCAGCUGAAAGUACUACAACAUGAACUUGGAUCCAAAAAUGCUUUGCUCAAUGCGAAAAAAUUGGAAUUGAAGGAGAAAGCAGAAAUAACAUGUCAAUACACAGACAAGCAGGGAACUAGCAAGUCUGAGGAGGCCAGGGAGUCAUUAGAAGCAGAUAGAGCUGAUAAUGAAGACUUUAAAACAAAAAAGAGGCAGCAAUCAAAGAGUUUGGACCUUUCUACUGUUAAACAAGUUCAACUGAAGGAGAAAACUGAAAAUAAAAGCAGGGCUUCUUUGAGAAGGCAAUCUGCAAGAUUUAAAUCUGCAGAACCAGAGCCUACUGAAGAGGUAUUUGAGAUAGACAAUGCCAAAUUUCCUGUAUGUUCUCUGCUUGAUGAUCAAAUGCGGGAAGAUGGUUCAACUUCCACGUGUUCAUCAGCCAAAACAGAUGAUAAAAGAGGUAGUAGUGGCCCAAGUGAUGAUGAAGCCCGGGAUCGCGCUUCUACUGAACAAAUUCAAUUAAAGGAGAAAACUGAAAAGAAAAGGGCUUGUUUGAGAAGGCAAUCUGCCAGAUCUAAACAUCAAGAAUCAGAGCCUACUGAAGACACAUUUGAGAUAGUUGAUACCAAAUUUCCCGUAUGUUCUCUGCAUGAUGAUCAAAUGCAGGAAGAUGGUUCAACUUCCAUGUGUUCAUUGGCCAAAGAUGAUAAAAGAGGCAUUAGUGACCCAAGUGAUGAUAAAACCCAGCAACUUCAAAGGUCAUCUAUCGGAAGGCCCUUGCGUCUAGUGGCCAAAAAGGUUCAGUCCUACAAGGAAAUCCCAGUUAAUGUGAAGAUGCGGAGAAAAGAGUGAGUCAAAUCUUUUCUAGACCAACCUUGUGUUCUCUGGUGCUGGUAGUGUUUUGACUGUUUUCUAAUCUCUUUCAAAAUUGUUGUUUCUUGUACUUAAUUGUUUAGAUUUCUAAUCUCUGUAUGAUUUGAAACUAGAGUAUUUCUUACUUUAUCAUCUGCGAAUGAUAACUAGAAAUGCUGAAGAGUGGACAGGUUUAUAUGAUCGAGUUGUAAUUUUUCAAAAUACACUUUGCAUGAUGAAUGAAAUACUUCAUUUACUCAAA